AUGGUACUCCUGGCCCGCCGUCUCGCUGGUCGCCGCGAAGUCGCCCUCGGCGCCGACGCCACCCGCACGCGAGACCGCGCUGCACAGGCCCGCGAGAGCGCGGCCGUCGGCGGGGACGCCAUGCUGGACCCUCCUGCCGCCUGGAGUGCGCUGGACCCUCCUGCCGCUUGCCGAGCCUCGCCGCGAGCGCCCACCGCGCCUGGACUUUUCUUCUUCCGGGCGGACGACGGGGCCGUCAUCUGGGCCGGCCUUGGAAGAGCCUCCCCUUCCAACUCCAUCGAGGCCCUCCGCGGUCCCCCAAGCAUAUGUAAGCCGUAA